AGGACUGCUUGAGCGCCGAGAGCCCUGUUGGCGGUCGCUCUCCUCCAUCUCGGAGCCAGGCUCCUUCCUUGAGGCGGAGCGGUGGUCUCGCCUCAGCCCCCUUUUAGGAAGGAAGGAAGGAAAUAGGGAGGAGCGGAAAGAACAGAAGCAAAGAGGAGCCUCCUCUGUACUGGGGUGGAGAGAGCGAGCGCGACGGCGGCUCCUCGCGGGAACAAAGAGGCGCGAAAACGCGAAGGCUGAGGGGAAAGCGGCUACUCUUCGUCUCGCUCCAACGGCCGCAGAGAUGAAAGAAGAGUGAAAAAGGCAUGGAUAUAACAUGAAUUGCUUAACACGUUCAGAAAUAGGAAUUAUUUCUCAGUUAACUAAAUAAAAUGGAUGAGUCGGUCUUAUUGGAUCUGUUGGAGUGCCCUGUCUGUUUAGAACGUCUGGAUGCUUCUGCAAAAGUCUUGCCUUGUCAACAUACAUUUUGUAAAAGAUGUCUCUUGGGCAUUGUGAGCUCACGCAAUGAGCUUCGUUGUCCUGAAUGUAGAACAUUAGUAGACUGCAAUGUUGAUGACCUUCCUAAUAAUAUUUUGCUUGUUCGACUACUAGAUGGCAUCAAACAAAGGCCUCAGAAAUUGACUAAUUUAAUGACAUGCUCAAAUUUAUUAAGGGGCCAAACCAGCACUGCUAAUUGCAUUCAAAAAGACCUAAAUAGUUCUCAAAGUGUUCAGCAACAGAGAGUACAAGCACAAAGUCCACCUGUUAGGGGGGUACCUCAGUUACCUUGUGCCAAAGCAUUAUACAACUAUGAGGGAAAAGAGCCUGGAGAUCUUAAAUUCAACAAAGGUGACAUCAUCAUAUUACGUCGGCAAGUUGAUGAAAAUUGGUAUCAUGGAGAAGUUAAUGGUAUCCAUGGAUUUUUUCCUACCAAUUUUGUCCAGAUAAUUAAACCAUUACCUCAACCUCCACCUCAGUGCAAAGCACUUUAUGACUUUGAAGUUAAGGACAAGGAAGCUGACAAGGAUUGUUUACCCUUUUCAAAGGAUGAUACUCUUACUGUGAUUCGCCGAGUAGAUGAAAAUUGGGCUGAAGGAAUGUUGGCUGACAGAAUUGGAAUAUUUCCUAUAUCAUAUGUUGAGUUUAACUCAACAGCAAAACAUCUUAUUGAACUAGACAAACCAUCAGUUUCUACAGUAGAUUCUGGAGAAGGCACCUCUGGUACAUCCCAUUGCAAUUCAGUUCAAAAGCAUACUGAUGUGAAGAAGAAUACCAAAAAACGCCAUUCUUUUACUUCCCUUACCAUGUCCAAUAAGGCUUCACAGUUGUCUCAGAAUCGUCAUUCAAUGGAAAUCAGCCCUCCUGUUCUCAUCAGCUCCAGUAAUCCAACUGCUGCAGCACGGAUAACUGAGCUUUCAGGUCUUUCUUGUAGUGCACCUUCUCAGGUUCACAUUAGUACCACAGGACUAAUUGUAACCCCACCACCCAGCAGUCCAGUAACAACAGGACAUUCAUUUACCUUUCCACCUGAAGUCGCUUACCAAGCUGCUUUUGCUGUAAGUAGUAUUAAUCCACCUCUUCCACCACCGCCAACACCUGUCUUAUCUGCUACAAUAAUUGCCCCUAAUUCUACGUGCCUGUCUUCGGGGUCAGUUCAGAAGUCAACAUCUGCAUUGACCGAGCAAAUAUCACAUUUGAGAGCUCAGACAAGACCAAGUGUGUAUAUUGCUAUUUAUCCAUACACUCCUAGAAAAGAAGAUGAAUUGGAAUUGAGAAAAGGUGAAAUGUUUUUGGUGUUUGAGCGUUGUCAAGAUGGCUGGUUUAAAGGAACUUCCAUGCAUACCAGCAAAAUUGGUGUAUUCCCUGGAAAUUAUGUAGCACCAGUUACAAGGCCAAUGACAAGUGUUUCCCAAGCAAAAAUACCUGUAUCUACUGCUGGCCAGACAGGGCGAGUAGUGACCAUGGUCAAUGCUUCCACUGCUGGAGGAACAGUGCAAAAACUUCAGGGAAAUGGUGUGACAGUGGCGUCUGAUACAAUACCAACAGCUGUGGUCUCUGCUGCACACAUACAAAAGAGUCCACAAUCCAAGAUCAUUAUGCAUAUGUCCAGUCAAAUGACAGUGAAUCAAGCUCGCAAUGCAGUUAGAACAGUUGCAAUUCAUAGCCAAGAAAGACCGACAGCCACUGUAACACCAAUUCAGACUCAGAAUUCAGCAUGCCUUAUUCCUGCUGCUGUAAUUAUUCCACACCAUUCUGUUGCCUCACAAGAGCUACAACCUCAAUUUUCAAAUGCUGCUGCCUAUAUCACAACUGUAAAUAUCAACCGAGCAAAUAUCCCAUUGGCUUGCACAACUUCUUCAUUAAACUCUCCUAGCACUUCUGUAUCAGUAGAUGGAGAUUCAAGUGGAAAAAUUGUGACUGUUCAUACAGGAGCUCCAGCUUCCCCAGAAAAUACAUUGACUGCUGGAAGUACUCCUACUAUGAGAAAAACAGAGAGAGAUGGAAAGAAAGAAAAAAAGGGGUUACUGAAGUUACUUUCAGGAGCAUCUACUAAGCGUAAACUUAGAGCAUCACCACCAUCAUCCCCAACUCUCGAAGUUGAGCUGGCAACUACAGAACCCUCCCUUCAGGGUGCAGUAGGGCCAGAACUUCCAUCAAUUUCUGGUCAGGGAAGAGCAGACACUUGCCCCAUGGACACUGAAUCACCUACAAUUGUGUUGGAGAGUACUCACAGCAAAACAAGUUCUUUGGAUUCUACUAUACCUGUAGUUCCUCCUCCAAGGCAACCAUGUUCAUCAUUGGCUCCAGUGUCAAAUGAAUCCAGAUCUGUAAUCUAUGAACGAUACAGAGUAGUGGUACCCUAUCCUCCUCAGAGUGAAGCUGAACUUGAACUUAAAGAAGGAGAUGUUGUUUUUGUUCAUAAAAAACAUGAAGAUGGCUGGUUCAAAGGCACAUUGCAGCGAAAUGGAAAAACUGGCCUUUUCCCUGGAAGCUUUGUGGAGAAUAUCUAAGAAAAAUGUAUCAACUCUCGCAGCACUAUAGAAUAAAGAGAGAGAUUGCAGCCAUGGAAGGCUUGUAGCAUAAACAAAUUUAUAUUUAUGUUUUUCAGUAUCCUGCAGCACAAUUCUGGCAGCAAAGAUUAAAAUAGUUGCAUUUUUAUCAUUUUGAAUUCUUGAGUGUAAUGUGUGCCUUGUAAUAUCUGAUUUAUUCUUCAGAGGAUUUUUAAAAGCGAGUGUGUAUGUUUGUACAUACAUACAUGUCAUAAAAACAUAUUGUUUACAAGGCUGUAGCUAAUUUAUUCAUUUUUCUAAACUUGAAUUCUGUUUAAUAGCUAAAGUUUGGUGAUUAUGAUUAACAAGUUAUUUAUAAGUUAAGGAGAAGCUGGAUUCUUUUCUUACAAAAAGAUAUAAUGUCAGAUGGCUUUUUCCAACUGUGUGUGACAGUGAAGUUUUUUUAAUGGGUAAAUGUUGGCUAUAAUGAUGGUGAUGUGGUGUCAGAUUGAACCAUGCGUUCUGGGGUAAAAUGACAUUGUGGAUUUGUUUUAUUUAGUGUGAGAAACUGUCUGUCAAUAAUAAGUAUGGAUGUCUCAGAUAGAAACGUUUCUAAUGAAACAUUUCUAAAAGGCAAUGAAAUAGCAGUACAGCAUUGUUAACAUUUUCAAAGUGAGAAUAGAAUAUAUAAAUUAUACCAGAAAUGGGGAAUAUCAACUUCCACUAGCAUCUAUUUGUCGAGUAUUUUUGUAUAUAUGUUGAGAUUUCUUUUGUAGAUUUGACUAGUUCUUGAGUACAGGUAGUCCUUGAGUUUCAAAUAGAAUGGAUCCUGCCCAUUCCAUUUGUAACCCGAGGUUUCAUGGGAAUGGAUCUCAUACCUUGAACGGGACCACUCCCUCUUUCUUCCAUGCAUUUGCUAAUCAAAUGGGAGGCUUGUUAAAUGCACAUAAGGUAUUUCAUGUAAGGUUAAUGCAUAUAAGGUAUUUCAUGGUGGGGAAGGCUACCUGCCUAAGAUCACCCAUGGCCUCCCCAACCCACUGAAAUAACUAAUGCUUUACACAAUUGCUGGCUUUCCAGGUCACUUACCUUCUGAAGAUCUAGCAAGCAGUCUCCUCUCCAGCCUCAUGCACUGCUCUGCAGUUCUGCUCAGGCCUCUGCAUAUCUCGCCCGGCAGGUUGCUUCUGUGGCCCUCCCACAGCCCAUUGCAGGCCAAAAUGGAGCCUCCGGGUGCCAGAUCUGGCCCUCCAAUGCUCCGUUCACCCCUCCACAGGCCUCCCCUGGCCUGUUGCAGGCCGAAAUGGAGCCACUGGGGGAGACUUCCGAAGCUCCAUUUAGCCCUCCGUGGAUUUCCCCUGGCCUGUUGCAAAUGGAAAUGGAGCCACUGGGGGCUGGAUCCGAGCCUCUGAGGGCCAGAUCCGAGCCUCUGGGGGCCAGUUUCAGCCCUCUGACGCUCUGUUUGGCCCUCUGCAGGCCUCCCCCGGCCAGUUGUAGACCAAAAUUGAGCCUCUAGGAGCCAGAUCCAGUCCCCCAAUGCUCUGCUCAGCCCUCUGCAGGUCUCCCCUGGCCUGUUGCGGACCAAAAUGGAGCCUCUGGGGGCCUGGGGCGGCCCCACGAGGCUUUGUUCAGCCCUACAGGGUCCUCCCCAGGCCCAUUGCAAGCUGAAAUGGAGCCUCCAGGGGGCUCCUCAGAAGCUCCAUUUUGGCCGGUAACAUGGAGGACAUAUGUUGCAGAGCCUCUGUGGUUGUUCAUAAGGGCAAACAACUGCCCUGGUGCUGCAAGAUUCAAGAUUCAUUCACACACUAGGGAGCCUUGAUCGUGUAACUUGAAAUGUUCGUUAAGGGGACACUCAUAACCGGAGGAUUACCUGCACACAACAUUCUAAAUCUAAACGAGUUAAGAUGCAAAACAAUUGGAAGAAUGGGAAAUAAUUGUGAUAACUGAUAUGAUCAAAAUUUAAAUUCAGAUUGCACUCACUGUCUAGAUAUGCCAAGAAAUGUUUGCUUCUUUACAUUUUCAAACUAAUUUGCAUGGCUGAGACAAAUUACAUUGUUUGAGCAAAAGUGGUGAUAAAUGAUAUACUUGUGUUUUUAAAGUAAAGGCUGUAAGAACACUGUGACAUUUUUGCUAAUUUUAAAACUCUUGCUAUUUUUAUGUCUUGUGUCUUCAGUUUCUUGCAUGCAUUAUCACAUUCAUACAGGUGCACAAAACAGUGCAUGACUGACUUUAGAGUUUAUUAUACUGUACUGUUAUGAUGAACUGGAUAUUAAAUAACCAGUUACUUGCUAGUAUGAAAGCCACUGACCAAAAACUAGUGAGUGAUUGGAUACUACUGUAUAAAGAAUAUUCUCCACUACUCAGCAUAAUUCCAGCCAUGGAUAUUUUAAAGCACAAGAGUUUUGUGGAGCAUAUCCUCUACUUAAUUUCAGGCCUUGAAGAAGGUUCAAAUAUUCAUUUCCUCUCUUUUGCUAUUUUUGCAUUCUUAGUUUGGAAAUAAAUUUUCUAAGGAAGGCAAGCUGCCAUUUAACUUUUUUUUUAUCCUCUGCUGAAUAUCCUCUGUUCAGAAGCUAUUUUCCUCCUAAACAAUGUACAUUGGAAAUGUUCCAGGGCAUCAGCCUUGGGAUAUUAUCUCACAUACUCAAGACCUAAAGUGUGUGUGUGGGGGGGGGGGGGGGUGAUAUUCUGAUUAUUUAAGACUUGUAUUACAUCUCUCUUUUCUGAUAAAAUAUUUAAAAAUUAUAACCUUUUUAAAAUUUAGAAUCUGUUUAGGUGGGCUAAUAGAAAUUUCUUAUUCUCCAGUGAUCUGCUAACAUCUGGACAUUACUCUGCCUUUCCCUCUUCAAGCUAGUUAGUCCUAUUAGCAAGAUUAAAAAAAUAAUUUUGUGAAGUCUUUUGAUCUCUUCCCAAACUGAAUACUAUCCAACAAAAAAUGUCAAAUCUCAUGGAUUUAGUUGCUGGGUAGGGAGUGGGUUUAUAAUAGUUACACUGGACCUUUUAGUGGACCUGAAACUCUCAUUUAUUCUACAUGAUUCUUGUCAGAAAAAUACAAUUACAGUAUUUCAAGAUUAUUGCAUAUUCAAGCUAUUACUACUAUUAUUAUUGGCAGAGGAGACCCUAUGCGCAAGAUUGUCUUCAUGCCAUUGCUUUAUAGUGGCAAUCUUGUUACAUUUAGCUCAUCUAAUUUUUGUAUAACAUUUAGAUUCCUUUGGCAGAUCUCUUCUUUAAAUAUAUGAUAGAAAGAAAUUCUAUAGGCAAUUACCUUGAAAUAGAUACUCUGCCCAUGGGAAAGAUUGACCUGUAUUAUGCAGCUGCUCAAGAUUAAUAAUUCAGUUACCAAAAUAGUGGGUAACAUUAAACUCAGUACCUAUUCUUUAGUAACCAGUAGUUAGUUACGAGUUUAAAAGUCUUUGUUUCCCGACAAGAAUGAAACAAGUUUAACAUUAAAGGAAAUGCAUGCUGUAUUAAGGUUAAGAAUUCAAAUUAGUUGAUGAUUGAUGAGUUUCAUGUAAAACACAAAUGAUUUUUUAAAAUAUAUAAAUGGGAGAAAAUAAUUGGUAGCUGAACUGGUUUCUUCCAAUAUCAAGUAGUUUCAUUAUUAUUUUAAUAUAUUGAAAACAUUCCUUAAAUGAUACACUGAACAAUUCAUUUCUGUGGAAUUUAAAAAGCUUGGUUUACUUGAAUGUUUAUAUGAUGUACAAACUAUUUGAAAUGAACUUUAAUAAGGAAAUGCUGGCAUCAACUUUCAUCAGCACCUAUUGACACUUAUGUGUUGAUCUUAUUUUCAUGUAUUAGUAGAUUUAUAUGUGAGAGACUACUAGAAAGAAUCUUCUCCAUAUGGUAGCGUACUUGUGUCACACAGGUACCUCUAUUUCAAGAUUUUAUUAUAUAAUGUCUAUCAAAAAUAUAAAUUAAUAUGAUACUUCUUACAGUAUAAUACACUUUCUAAUAACUUUUUAAGAAAAUGGAUCAUCAUAUUACUUUAAGGGCUUGUUAUACACCAUACAACAAUUUUUAAAAAUGCAGUUUUCAUGUCACAUGACCUUUAUAAAGUUUGUGGGACUUGGAUUGGUUUUUAGGGUUACGUGUAAUUGAGUUUAUGAACAAAAAAGCCUUUACACUCAUUUUGGAGUACUUUCUUAAAUUCUAUGGAAAAUUUUAAUGUCUAUAUUUGAGGUCCAGUGAAUGUUACAUGCUUUUAUCUGUUAAAUUUCAUUCCUAAUAAAUAUUUUCUUAGCAAAGCACUUAAA